GUGACGGCCGGGCGGCGGCGGCGAGCCCGGGGGCGAGGCGCGGACGCGGAGGGGAGCAGGCUCGGGCGGCCCCGGCAGGGCGGCGGCGGCGCUCGCACGGCCCGCGCGGGCACGGGAGGCGGCCCCCGCCCUUUUCCUUUCGGUUUCUCCCGGCUCGCUCGGAAGUUGGCGGCUGACGGAAAUGGCAGGAGCCGGGGCCCGGGCGGGCGGCCGCGGCGCCGCGGGGACCUUCUGAGUUGGCGCGGCCGCCGGGGAGACGCGCGCCGGGCGUCCGAUGCGCAGGGCCCGGGGGCUCGGGAGAGCGCAGCCGCCGCGGGCCCCAGGCGACCAGGCGACCGGGAUGGACUCGCGCCCGCGGCCGGCGGCCGGCCUCGGGGCGCGCGGUCGGGGAGGGCGUGCCGCCUCGGCGCCGGGCCGCGCGCUGUGAGCCGGCGAGGCGGGAAGGGGCGGCCGCGGCGGCCGGCGCGCCCGGGCGUGGCGGGCGGGCGAGCGCGCGAGCGGGGCGGCCGCUGUGCGCAAUCAGUGCAGGCUCCCGCCCGACUCUGACUCCAGCUCCGGCCACACCCUCGGCCCUGCCGCCGCCGCCGCCGCCGCCGCCGCCGGCGCCGCGUCCCGAGACCGGGCGGCGGGAGAUGCGCGCCCCACCGCGCCGGCCCCGGCCGCCGUCGCGGGCAAGUGCCGCCCGGCGGGGUCGGGGCGCCUGAAGCCCACGUGCGCCGCCGAGCCCGAGGAGGCUGACAGCAGAGCCCGCCCGAGCCGCCGCCCGCGCUCCUCCCCGAGGAAGAGAUUUUGAUUUCAAAGAAAGGAAGGAAGGAAGGAAGGACACCUCCCAGCUCCCCCCCCCCCCCCCCACACUCCCGCCCUCCCGCUCCGGCGGCCGGGCCGGGCCAUGCCCAGGAAGGCGGCGGCAGCGGCGGCCCAGCAGAAGGGACUUUCCUGGCAGCCCGGCGACGAGGAGCGCGCUCCGUGAGUCUGGCCGUGCCCCGGUUCAUGGUUCCCGCAAGCCCUCCAGGAGGCCGAACGCCGCAGCCCCUCCCCGCGCCCCGGAGAGCCUCCUGCGUCCUCUGGCCCUCGGGCCCGCCCCGCGCCGCCCGGGCCCCGGCCGCCGCAGCCCAGCGCCUUCCGCCCGGCGCGGUGGAUGGCAUGAUGGUGCGGGGAAGGCACCGCGGUCCUGGCCAGCCGAGUCGCGACGGCCGCGGGGGCGGCGGCAGUGGCAGCGGCGGCGGUAGGGGGCUCCCCAGCGGCAUGCCAGUGCCCCCCGGGCGCGAUGGCUAGCGGCAGCGCCGGGAAGCCCGCUGGCGAGGCCGCUUCUCCGGCUCCUGCGAGCGCCGUCGGGGGGGCCUGCUCGCAGCCGCGGAAGAGGCUGGUGUCCGUCUGCGACCACUGCAAGGGCAAGAUGCAGCUGGUGGCCGACCUGCUGCUGCUGUCGAGCGAGGCGCGGCCCGUUCUCUUCGAGGGCCCCGCCUCCUCCUGCGCCGGCGCCGCCGAGUCCUUCGAGCAGUGCCGGGACACGAUCAUCGCGCGCACCAAGGGGCUCUCCAUCCUCACCCACGACGUGCAGAGCCAGCUCAACAUGGGCCGCUUCGGGGAGGCAGGGGACAGCCUGGUGGAGCUGGGCGACCUGGUGGUGUCGCUGACCGAGUGCUCCGCCCACGCGGCCUACCUGGCGGCCGUGGCCACGCCGGGCGCGCAGCCCGCGCAGCCGGGCCUGGUGGACCGCUACCGCGUGACGCGCUGCCGCCACGAGGUGGAGCAGGGCUGCGCCGUGCUGCGCGCCACCCCGCUGGCCGACAUGACGCCGCAGCUGCUGCUGGAGGUGUCCCAGGGCCUGUCGCGCAACCUCAAGUUCCUGACGGACGCGUGCGCCCUGGCCAGCGACAAGUCCCGGGACCGCUUCUCCCGCGAGCAGUUCAAGCUGGGCGUCAAGUGCAUGAGCACCAGCGCGUCGGCGCUGCUGGCCUGCGUGCGCGAGGUGAAGGCGGCGCCCAGCGAGCUGGCCCGCAGCCGCUGCGCGCUCUUCAGCGGGCCGCUGGUGCAGGCCGUGAGCGCCCUGGUGGGCUUCGCCACCGAGCCGCAGUUCCUGGGUCGCGCGGCGGCCGUGAGCGCCGAGGGCAAGGCGGUGCAGACCGCCAUCCUGGGCGGCGCCAUGAGCGUGGUGUCGGCCUGCGUGCUCCUGACCCAGUGCCUCAGGGAUCUGGCGCAGCACCCCGACGGGGGCGCCAAGAUGUCGGACCACAGGGAGAGGCUGAGGAACUCGGCCUGCGCCGUGUCUGAAGGCUGCACCCUGCUAUCUCAGGCUUUACGGGAGAGGUCUUCGCCCAGGACUUUACCGCCAGUGAAUUCCAAUUCUGUGAAUUAGCACCCCCGCCCCGCGCCCCUUCGCCCUCCCCCCCCACCCCCCACUAGAGGAAGAUACUCACUCUCUGCCCCUCUCCAUUUAUACCAAAGAAAUCCCAGGGGAAGCCCCUCCCCCACGGCAGACGCUCGGAAAGAACCUUCCAGAGAGCUGGGGGCCCCUCCCGCCGCAGCACCCACCUGCGCGCACGCAGCAGGGACCGCGAGGUGGCGCGCCCGCACCCGCCCCCGGCUCCUGCUCCGGAGCUCCGCCCCUCAAUUUUCUAACCAAUCGGGCAGGAAGGAGGUCAUGGGUUCGUUUCUUUUUUGGCCCGUUUUUUUUUUUGUUUUUUUUUUUCCGUUUUGUUUUGAUUUUUCCUAAUUAAAAGAAAGGUUACCUCAGUUUCACUCCUUAGACAUGGAUGUAGCUAUCUUUUUUUUUUUUUUUGUAUGCUGUUAUUUUUUUAAGCAAAUCGUGUUGGAUUAGGCGUAUACUUGGUGUGGAAAGAGUAUGACAUUGCCAUGUGAUUUGCAAAUGGGGGGGAAAGCUACUGUGAGUGUGUGUUUUAUUUUUUAAUUUACACUAUAGAGUGAUUUCCCCCCUCCUUCCCCCCUCCCCCCCAUGUCAAGUUUUUACCGUGCAUGUACUGGAGUAUUUAUUUCAUCUAUUAAAAUGUUAUGUUUCUCA